UGGCUAACUACUUCCGUGUCUCAGUGUCAGUGUUGUUGAUGCUGGAAGCGCGGCUCCGCUGGAACUAACGUCCCCUUUGCUUCUUCCUAGAAAUUAUCAGAGAUCCGUUUUUGCUGGAGAUGAAAUAGCACCGUUUUCAGCUUAAUUUUAAUAGCACAUUGGAUCGGUUUGGUCCCGAAAAGCUAAUGCUAACACAAGGCUAGCUAAACUGUCAACAAAACGUGCACGUGACUACAGCAGCUGGAGAAGGUUCAAUCGUUCCUCGAAAGCGCAGCAUGGUUACAGUUAGGGGGAAACUGGAGACUGUCCGCUCAGGAGGUUUGGUGUUUCUGGAGGUUUGAGGCUCCUUGUUCGUGAAAGCGAUGCCAUGAUGAUGGUGUUACGGAGGUUACUGAGGAAGCGCUGGGUGCUGGGGGUCGUCUUUGGGCUUUCUCUCAUCUACUUCCUCACCAGCACGCUCAAACAGGAGGAGCGGACGAUACGGGAUCGCACACUCCUGCAGGUUCGAGACCCGGAUCACCGUAUUCCCUGGAAAGUCCGGUUCAAUCUGGGCAACAGCAGCCGGCAGAUGACCCAGUGCAGAAACUCCAUCCAGGGCAAGUCUCUGCUGACAGACGAGCUGGGUUACGUGUGCGAGAGGAAGGACCUGCUGGUUAACGGCUGCUGCAACGUCAACGCGCCCAACAGCAGGCAGCACAUCUGUAAGAGCUGCCUGGCCAACGGCUGCUGCAGCAUCUAUGAGUACUGCGUGUCCUGCUGCCUGCAGCCAGAUAAGCAACUUCUCCUCGAGCGCUUCCUGAAUCGUGCAGCCGAAGGUUUCCAGAACCUCUUCACUGCCGUGGAGGAUCAUUUCGAGUUGUGCCUGGCCAAGUGUAGGACGUCUUCCCAAAGCGUCCAGCACGAAAACACGUACCGAAACCCGCAGGCGAAGUUCUGCUACGGCGAGAGUCCUCCAGAGCUACUUCCUGUUUGACGCCGGCCCGGAGCAGCAGCUGCAAAUGAAGCUCUUUCCUGGACAAAUGUGCAUCCAUGUGAACGUAAACCCCAAAAGAGGAGAGACACUUUUGUGAUUGAUGACAUUUUUUUAUGUUUUACACUUCAUAAGUGCAUAGAACGCUUCGUAAAUUCAUCUGUGAUGAUCAUCAAGUCUAAAGAACCGGCAGCUCACCAAUCAGGAUUUGCUUCACAUUUAAGGUCACAUCAUGGGCUUGUGUGUGUUUCUUUUCCUUUCCGGACAGCGUGUCAUCAUUUUUUGUGUAUGUGUUCCAUGCGUAUGAAAUGACUAUUUAAUAAAAGCAGCUGUGAAACAAG